AUGUUUAAGUUCCUCAACUUGAUGGCAAGGAUGAACUCGUGCAAAAUGGUGGAUCAUGAAACACUGGAAGAAUUCAAGCGACUAUGCGAGAAUUUUGAGCAUGCUAGUCGUAUCCGAAAUCAAGUUGCUAAAAAAGAGUCAACAUCUUCGUCAUCUUCUGCGAAACCAAAGCGUCUAAGCCGAUCGCGAUCUUCAUCGUGUAUAAGCCCAUCAGUAGUGAUAACGUCGGAACAAGAGAAACGCACUCGUGCAAACCGCGCACGAAUUCAUCGAUUUGGGAAUGUAAAAAAUCCCAUCGAUGUGAUCGAUACUGAGGACUCGGAAGAGGAAGAAAGUAUUGCCGAUACGUCGUAUCAUCCUAACUUCGAACAUCAUACUCACCAUGCUGAAAAGAGAAAGACAAGACUUAGCGUAGUCACCGAUUUGUCGCCUAUCCCUGAUCUCACACACAUUCAACAUGACAGCACUGGCGAAGGCCCGAUGUCUCCACGAAGUCGACGACAGUCCAGGCUACAUCACCCUCCUGCUCCCAUCUUCCCUGAAGAAAAAGAGAACAUAUGCAACGAAACUUUCCUGGUGGAUUCCGGUACUUCGAGCACUACAGGCCAUCCAGAUGCAGGGGAUUGUGCUCCUGAUGAUCCAAAUCCGCUGCGAAAUGCGACUCUUGUGUCUGGACUUGUUCCUGAUCUCGAUGCCGAUCUUGGCCCACUGUAG